CCGACGACAGUUAGUCCAGAGGCAAUCGUGGACGCGCUAAGGGGGCCAGCUACGACGGGGUUUCCGUUCGGAGAAAAAGGCUAAAACAACUAUCUACUAACCACUCCACCACCCCUGUGCCAGUCAUUCGUCGCUUCGGCUAGUGUGUUAUUUGUUAUUGCAAAGGUGAGACCGCAAGUAAUGUGAAAUCGAGAGUGGGAGUGAGUUGUAUUGAAUCACCAGACCAGUCGCCGUAGGAACAAGCAGAAAAAGAAACGUGUUUCCGUUCUGGUGUGCAGUCGGGAAUCUAUCACCACCCUUGAAACGGUGUGUGGGGUACGGGUGGGUGGCUUUUAAACUCUCUCUCUCUUCCUCUCUUCGAGAUUCUCUUGCAAUCCGUGGCUUUGCCCAGUCCGUCAAGCUGGGUGGUGUAGGCUGCUUUGCUACCCGUCUAGCAACCAGCAGGGAGCAGUGUAUGAAAAUUUGGUAACAUCCGAUUCGACGUGAAAAUAGGUUCGUAGGAAAAGCAGUGCUGGUGGAAAUUGAAAACUGUGAAUAUGAGAUUGUGAUAGAUGACGAAUUGGAUAGUUAUGUGAGCAAACAAGCAACGGCGAAAUCGAACGGUCAAUUAUAAAUUAGUGAAAAAUUUGGAUAUCGACUUAAAAUCUGCAAAAAGUUCAGUUUCUUACAUCACAGGGCAAGGAACUAGCUUGUAGAUAAAAACACACACAAUACAACACCACCAGAAUGAGUAGAUCACGCCGCGGACGCUACUGGCACAUGGGAAUCGUAUUCCUAAUAUACUCCAGCUUUCGAGCGUACUCGGCGUCGACCGGUAGCACUGAGUCCGAUUUCGUCGAGCGAGAGCUCUCGACGGGUUUACCGCCCAAUGUUUCACCUAAUCCGGCAUACUUCACAACCGAAGCCGAGGGAGCUACCGAGGAAGCUCCGACCCCGGAGUCUGUCACCCCGGAGACCAAACUGCACCAUGGCCACCCAACGUGGCGACCAAAGCGGGAUAACUGUACUCCGCCGGCAAUCGAACAGUUUCCACGACCCCUGAUGGGCCCUAAUAUACGCAGACAUGGAGGCCUGGUGCUGCACGUACUUGUUGCAGUGUUCACUUUCCUAGGUUUAGCCAUCGUGUGCGAUGACUAUUUCGUAUCCAGCUUAGAUAGAAUCUGUGAAGAAUUGAAGCUCUCACCUGACGUAGCUGGGGCGACUUUUAUGGCAGCUGGCAGUUCGGCUCCCGAGCUUGCGACUGUCGUUAUUGGUGUAUUCUUCGCAAAGGACGACAUCGGUAUCAGCGGAGUCAUCGGUUCAGCUGUUUUCAACAUAAUGUUUGUGAUAUCGGUUUGCGCGCUGAGUUCCGGAACCGUACUACAGCUAAACUGGUGGCCUUUGGUUCGAGAUUGCACAUUCUAUUCAAUCUCAAUCCUUGUCAUGCUGUUAGUGAUCGUGAACGAUGUCAUCUCUUGGGGAGAAGCACUGGUUAUGCUGCUAUGCUACGUCGUCUACUGUGUUGCACUGCACUUCAACACUCCUCUCGAAAGAUGGGCCCACACCUGGAAUCUUCCAAUCAAGCUUCCAACGAAAGAAGAACAAUCGGCUCUUGUGACCUACAAGAAUCUUCCAGAUACUACGUACACUCAGGGACAGCAACCUGCCGGAGAGCAGCAGGCUCCAGUACAGCAAGAACAACAACCACCGCCGGUGGACCACGGAUACAUGGAUCCGAAUGCCAGCUGGGAUCCAAAUGCUGCCUGGGAUGGAUCUAGUAGUGCCCCUGCUCCAAACAAUAACUAUCCCACAAACACCUAUAAUCCCAAUGAUGCAUGGGGAACUGGUCAGCAGAACUACGGAUACGAGGAACAGUAUGGUCAAGAAUCAGCGAAUGCCCAGCAACAGGUUGCUGGGAAUCAACCGACAGCUCAGACUACAACCGUUACAACUGGUGCUGUUCAACCAACUGCAGAUGAGUACUACAAGCCAAAGGAACCUCGGCAACAGUCAGCCCGAAAUCCACUAGAAAAACCAGUGGAUGGUAACAUCUUUGCGCAAGUAUCCUGGGCAAUCGUCUAUCCAAUCCACUACACCGCUCGGCUAACCAUGCCCGACUGCAAAUUGGAAAAAUAUAAAAAUUGGUAUCCAUUCACCUUCCUGAUCUCCAUGAUCUGGAUCUCAUUCUACUCAUACUUCAUGGUGUGGAUGAUAACGAUUAUCGGCUCGACCCUCGGCAUCCCUGAUACCGUCAUGGGACUAACGUUCGUAGCUGCCGGUGUAUCCGUCCCGGACGCGCUUAGUUCCAUUGCGGUGAUCAAGGAAGGUUACGGCGACAUGGCCGUCUCCAAUGCCGUCGGUUCCAACGUCUUCGACAUUCUCAUCUGUCUCGGUUUGCCCUGGUUCAUACAGACGGCAAUCAUAAAGCCGGGCUCCCAUGUCAAUGUCAUCAGCAAGGGCCUAAUCUACUCGACACUGUCGUUAUUGUCCACCGUGAUUUUCCUCCUGUUUGCGACCCACCUGAACGGCUGGAAGCUGGACAAACGUCUCGGUAUCGUCCUGAUGAUCUGGUACCUGUUCUUCAUUACCAUGGCCUCGCUGUACGAGCUCAACUUCUUCGGUCAAUUGAAUCCACCGGAAUGUUCGAGCUUCUACUAAACAUCGGACCCUCGUUACCUCGUUUUGGUUCCAGCCGUCACCUUCCCGUUCAUUGCCCUUCUUCCUGCACACAUACACAUAGCCAUGAACCCGAGUAGAAACGUUAUUAUUACGACUACAAACAGCACCACGGAGAUAUUAAUCUAGUCAUAUUUAGUGUUUUAUUCUGUUUUUUAGGUAUUAAGAACCAUCAACUGUCUGUUUCUCGUUGGGUACAAAAUGCAAAAGAAAACGGUAUGUCUCGAAACCCUGUUUUAUGCACCUCUCGUCUUCAAACUGUACCUCUCAGAGUAUGUUAAAGUCAUUCCAUUAGUUACUAUCCAAAGGACUGAUUGCUUCCUUUUACGUUAGUUUCUGUUAAAAUAUAUCACGUACUUAGGCACACUCACACCCACGCACCGUUGUUCGAAACUCACGUUUUCACUCGUUUGUUUUAGCCUAAAUAUUAUACCUGUCAUAGAUUUAGAAAAUAGCAACCACUUGACGGCAGUAACAACGGCUGGUGCCGAUGGCCGGAGAAUGUAUUAGGUUGAUAAUUGUUAGAGAAUCAGACUAUAAUUAAUUCCUAUUCCGUUGAUCACUCACUCUCCUGAACUGUAAAUACACCGUUGGACAGAAACGUGCUGUUUACAUAUUUUAAGCGAAAAGUGGUAAAAAAAAUUGUACUAUUAUUUAUGCUGCUGCCAUCGUAUUACUCAACCGAGCGUAAACGGUAUGGUUCUCCGAGCAUGGCUGAUGUUUUAUAGCAAAUGACAAUAUUUUUUCGGUUAGAAAUAAUUUUAUCUUUAACAAAUUAACUAACUAGAACUUCUCGUGUUGAUCUUCUCGUUCAUGCCUAUUAAUAAAGGUUUGAUUUCUGUGCUAGGCGACUCUCCGACUCUGACUCAGAACAAACGAAUCAGAGAAGGUUCUUUACCUAGGUCUAAGGAAAAAUUGCAACUAGUGAACCCAAAACAGCGAAUAUUGAACAAAAUGCAGAGGAGUUUUACAUCAGAAAUAUAUAGAUAUUAAUAUAUUUACCAAAAAAAAACCAGCAUAGAGAACGGCAUUGGAAGUAUCUUAAGAGAAUCCAUUAUCUUAUCUAGAACGUUAACAUUCCUCCCGAUUGUUGAGUAAGCUGAAAUUAUUUACGGUACUCAAAGCAAACUUUAAAACAAAUCCGAGUCAAUCGUGUUAAUGUCAAUAUUAUAUUUACAAGCAACCAACUUACCUGUUCUUUCGUUUAUCUGUUUUCCUGCACGGUCAAAAUAUCAGCUGAGUAUAUUACUAAAAAUCUGUAUUACUAGUCUUAUUGAAUUAGGCCCGAACCUGUAUGACAAAUCAAUGUAUACCGCACUUCGCCCGCCAAUCAAACUAUAGUCAUUUUACAAUACAUUUCUAUGUCGGAAGCAUGCUAUGAAACAACUACUCAAACGAAAAAAACACUACAGAUAAAUAAUUCUUCAGAAGCUGCACACAAUUGAACAAAAAAUAAAUAAAUGUGGCUUACAUGUCCCGAUCGAGCAACCGAACCGCUCCCCGCCUACUGUGGUUAUCCCGCGAACCUUGACAGGCGAGCUGUAGAAUGAUACCGAAUAGCAACAGAAUGGAUAAUAACUUUGUGCACACCCGCAAUGAGUAAAUUUUACCGUUUUUUACCGAACGAUAAAUUUUAGUGAAAAAUCAAACACACGAAAUGUGGAUUAUUUUCGCGAAAUAUUCCGGUGGCGAAUUGUAUUAAAUGUAAGACUGUAUAUAAUUCAGUAACUAACAAAAAAAGACACAUUUAGCAUUCAGCGAAAAAGCGUGGACGUUAUACAUAAAUUAGACAUAACAGAGCACCGCCAUUAGGUUUCGCACCACUUCAAUCAUAGGAACCCAGAAACAUGUCACAGACGAAAAAUCGCACUUUGACGAUAUAGAAAAGGUGUCGUUCUGAAUCGUAGCAAAGUCUUAGGUUCAAAGCCGAAACCUAAUUUCAAAUCUCCGAAAUGUAUUAUAUCCUUAUCAAUUUGCUUUAAAUCAAUAACGUUUAAGUUCAUGCUAAAAUGCAACAAUAUGAUCGAAUAGGCAAUGUCCGCAGUCCUGAUGCGAUUACUCUUCGUUAUCCUAUAGAUAUACCUAAUUGUCAAUUUGGAGUUUUUUGAAAACCCUAAAUUCAACUCGAAGGUACUAAAAGCAUUACCAGUGUAGCCAAAUAAAUCAAUAACAAAAAUCUUAAAAUCAAGUGAAAGACGAAGUUAAAUGUUAUCUUUUGUUCAUUGUAGUGUAAAAAGCAUUCCGAAAAUAUCUAUACUGUCACCUCUGUACUCAUUUGCGAAUUCUAAUUAAUAUGUACUUAACAAACCAACAAAAAAGCAGAACAACAAGCAUAGAUAAAUAACUGCACAACCAAUACAACAUAACACAUAUACAUACUGCUGAAGCGUGGGAUGUCGGAAAAGAUAUCAAACUAAAAAUAUCUCCAAUGAGAAAAGAUAGGGAUAACCAUGCUUCAUACCUACGUGUUAAAAACGCAAAACCACAUAUGGCAAACGUCGAACAACAUAGUUGGGGUGAAACGUACUAAAAUAAUAAAUCACAACAGAACACAAUAUAUAUAUUGUUUCAAACGAGCACACAUACCGAUAGACAUACCAAAGCAAACCAAACAAACAAAAAGAAAACAAAAAAACUAACCCUGACAGCCAAGCAGAACAAAAAAACAAAAUCAUAACAAACAAGUGAACACAAGUGAAAUGCUCAUGACAUGAGAUGUUAAUUGUUGAGAAGUUAAAUAAAAUGUAUUGAAAACCUAA